AUGACUAUGCCCCAACGCUCGAAGACGCAGCCUCCGCCAGUUUCCACGAGCCCGACUCCGACUCCGACUCCGUCAGUCACUUCGGCUACUGGUCCAUCGUGGGCGACCGUCGGCAAGAGCGGAACCGUAGAAAAGAAUAUCUGUAUAGCACCUAGGAAGGCCGCACUACGCAAAUACGUGCUGCUCAACGCUGAUGACCAGCGGCUUGACGAAAGGCUGCCCAGACCAGACAAACCGGCCAUGGACAACCUUCACGAUCGUAUAACGAACAGAGGCAAAGUCUGUAAUGACUUCCAUCUCCUGGGCGUGUGCCGCACGCAGCACUGCCCUUUCUCACACGAGCCGAAGCUCACGGCGAUGGAGCAACUCGCGUUGAGGCACAAAGCCAGGAACAAGUUGUGCUCUUCCUAUGACGAGUGUCAGUCCUUUCUACUCCACCUUUGGUGA